AUGCAGCUCAAAGAUCUUUCCGGUUCCGAGCGCAAGAGGUACCUCGCUAGUGUGGGAGUUGCUCAGGAGGCCUUAAAUGCCCACCGCGUAGUCACCAGCUUUGGUUUGGAGGCCUUCUACAGUGAUCUAUUUUUGAUGAAGUGCGGCCGCCCCAUUCCACUAAUCGACUGGUCCAACAUCUUCUUUUCAACCGUUAGCACGGUAGCCCAGUCCAUGCAGUACUUUCAAAUGGCGGCCUCCUUCUCCGUUGGAGCGACUCUCCUGCGACAAAAGGACAUCAAAACCUUCACCGUUUUCCGAGUGUUCACACUGAUCAGCUUCUCCGCUCAAGGCGUUGGACGUGCAGCCUCCUUCUUACCCGACUUGAAGAGCGCAAACACAGGCGCCCGACAGAUUAUGAGUUUACUCGAGCGCCAAAGUCAAAUGGAUGUAGAGAGUGGCGAUAGACCUCAGGAGCCAUUCUCGGGAAAAAUCGAAUUCAAAAAUGUCGAAUUUUCAUACCCUGAUCGCAAAUAUGUCAAGGUACUGGACGGCUUUAGCCACACUGUAGAAGCUGGCACCUCCGUCGCCUUGGUCGGUCAAUCCGGCUGCGGAAAGUCGACUAUACUGCAGCUCAUAGAACGCUUCUACGACGCGGAUAAUUCGGAGAAACUUAAAGAGGGUGUUUUUAUGGACGGAAAGAGUGUGAAAGACCUCUCGCCCGAUUGGAUCCGGAAGCAUAUUGGCGUAGUAUUACAAAAUUCGGACCUGUUCGACCUA